AUGACCAUCUUUGUGUCAACCCUGAUUCAGAGCAAAGCGAAGUUGCAGGUAAAGUGUCUGUGUGUGCUUAUGUUCCUGAGCUUCCCUCUGAAUAUGGCUGAGGUCCCUGGUCCAUGCAGACACUCCAUCACUAGGGAACACCUGCUUACAGUCAGGAACCUGAUGGAUAACCAGUUGAGAAGUGGUUGUUCGAUAACCUACACAUUCAUAGAACGGAGAAGUUUGAGCAAAUGUUGCUUUGUAAAAGCUGCUUUACCAUGGAUCCUGGAGCUUCUCACCACCCACUUCAAAUAUAACCGGGGGUCGGUCAAUGAUGGCUACGUUCAGUCCCUGAGAGCGCUCAUCCUCAACAUCUAUUCUCAGAAAUGUGUGCCACAGAUCAAUGAAGAGGUCGAAGAUAAGCCAGAGAGUUUUGAGACGCUGUACAGAGGGUCUCCUUCAGAGGCGCUGCAGAGGGCUUCGGAGGUGCUGUCUGUUUACUGGGAGUUGAUCACAACCAGCAACGCACCAGUGGACUGGAGAUGCCAGCACGAAUACACAGAAACCUUUGGCUCUACCACAGAGCUAUUUACAGAGUCACCCGCACAUUUUACAGACAGUUAUGGUAGGAAGUCAGUGAAGGCCUCUCAGAGAAGACCGAUCAAAGACCUGUACAAGCUUUGCUUCAUCAUUGCCUCCAUUUGCGGAGGACUGCUAUUCAUACUCACGCUCUACUGUCUCAUCUCACAAAAGAGAACCCACAACCCUCACAGAUCAAGAUACACAAACCAAAGCAGAGACCUGCAGGACAUAGAGAUGGAGCCACAAUAA